GUUUACAAGUUGAAAUUUGAAAAUUUGUUCUCAGAAAUCAUCGCUGAUGUCUAAGGAAAUGAAUUCAUUUCGACAAAAAGAUGUUAUUCUGAAAUGUGAACCAUUUGUGCACGUGUUGACAUCAAAGGAGAGGGAAGACAGAUGUGAACAAUGCUUCCAGAGGCAGAAAAAGCUCCUGAAAUGCUCUGCUUGUAAAGUGGUCAGAUACUGUGAUAAAUCUUGUCAGCGACAGUGUUGGGACAUCCACAAGUUGGAAUGCAAGUGUUUCCAGAACGUGGCUCCAAAAGUCCCAACGGAGAGUGUGCGAGUCUUGUUGCGUUUGAUCCUUAAAUACCAGAAGGGACAUUUCAAAUCACUUGACAGCCCGAAGUUGAGAUGCUUUGAUGAUUUUCUAGACCAUCUGGAAGAUAUGAAGAAGGAUGAAGAAAGAAUAGAACAGUUUAUGGACCUCCAGAUCACAUUACGAGCUUUCGUUAACAGAGUUGUUGAUCUGCCUCCUCUCGAGUACAUCUUCCUGUUGUUUGCCAGGAUGUGUAUCAACAGCUUCAGUAUAACAGAUGGAGAAAUGCAGCCGAUGGGAGUCGGAAUCUACCUCAGUGCCUCUAUAUUGGACCACUCGUGUCAUCCUGAUGCAGUGGUGACCUUCACUGGUACGACGCUUGAAGUUCGGGCGCUCCGGGACAUACCUCAUGCAGAUAUAUCAAAGGUACGAAUUAGUUACAUCGAGCUGCUUGCUCCACGGGAAGAACGACGCGCAGCACUCAAGAGAUAUUACUUCAGAUGUGACUGUACGAGAUGUCUUGACGACAAUUUGGAUGAUCUGAUGCUGUGUUCGAGGUGCACCACCAAGUCAUGUGAGGAAGUGAUACUCUCCGCUACGGAAACAUGUCCGGCGUGUAAAGCUAUCUUCAGUGAUGGCUACAGGAAGCAGAAACUCGUUGCUAUAAACAGAUGUAAGGAGGCGCUAAAAACUCUCAAAGAUAACGAAGAAACUGACCAAAUUGCCCAAGCUCCUAGUGGCACAGAAUCUUCAGAAGUGGUUGUGGUCAACCUCGCAGAGAAAUGCCUCGAACACGUCAACACGAUCCUGCCUCCUCGCAAUAUCUACGUGGUGAACAUCCGUGAGAAGUUAUUCGAUGCGUUUAUCAAUCUAGGACAGUGGGAGAAGGCGUUGGAGUGUGGGUCGAUGACUAGAGAACCUCAGAAAACACCACUACUCCCCGAGUGCAGCCAUAAUGACGGCAUCCACCUCAUGAAGAUCGGUAAAAUCCAGUUAUAUCUCCAACACCUGGAGGGCGCUCUCCAAUCACUUCAAGAGGCCGAGACCAUCCUCGACGUCACACUUGGAAAAUCACAUCCGAAAUAUCGUGAAUUAAUGGAUUUGAUAAACGAGUCCCAGGAGGAAAUGAGAGUGACAUUGGAACAUUCUGAUGGAACGUGACAAAGUUCAAUCGUGGAUGAACAUUCUGAUGGAACGUGACAAAGUUCAAUCGUGGAUGAACAUUCUGAUGGAACGUGACAAAGUUCAAUCGUGGAUGAACAUUCUGAUGGAAUGUGAUAAAGUUCAAUCGUGUAUGUUGCUGCCUUUGGACAUCUUCAAAUACUUUGACGGUUCGCCUCAGAACAUUUUCAAAUACUUUGACUUCCUGCCUUGGACAUUUUCAAAUACUUUGACUUCCUGCCUUGGACAUUUUCAAAUACUUUGACUUCCUGUCUUUGGACAUUUUCAAAUACUUUGACUUCCUGCCUUGGACAUUUUCAAAUACUUUGACUUCCUGUCUUUGGACAUUUUCAAAUAUUUGACUGUCUGCCUUCGAACAUUUUCAAAUACUCUGACAGUUUGCCUCCGAACAUUUUCAAUUACUUUGACUUUCUGCCAUUGGACGACAUUUUCAAAUACUGAUGUUUUUGAAUCAGAAUACAUGUACCCCCGUAGAUGUGUCUAACAUGUGUCUGUUGCGGAUUCGAUUUGUAACAUAUUUCCUAUGCAUAGUAAUCCAUACUUUGGCAACUCUAUAGAAAAUUUAU